AUGCACCCCUCAGGAGUCAACGAAGUCCAGAGUUCAGGGAGAACUAAUCGAGCCAGGGCAGGAAAACACCAGGAGGGAACACUGGUGCGCGAGUGGAUCCCCAGGAAGGAGGUGCUGCUCGAAACCCGGGAGCUGCCAGACAAACGGUUCUGCACCAGAGAGGCCGCCGACCCUCCGCCACCCCGGCCCCCACUUCAGGACGCAGCUCACCAGAGCGCCAGGCGGCCCACGUGCAAUCACCCUAGGCCCGCAGCCCCCGCCCACUGCGCCCGCGCUCGGCCUGCCGCUUUUCCUGCUAGGGCCCUUCUGCCCCACCCGCGGGAGGAGGCGUCGUUCCCGGGGGAGCAGGUGGGCGACGGAGGCUGCCUCCCUACUCUCACGCUCCAGCAGGCGUCACCGCGGCCUCCACUCAAAGGUGGCUGUGAACCAGGGCAUCCCGGAUGCCUGGGUCCCGCCCAGGGUCCCUCCCACUUGCACGUCGCGCCCCCGCUAAGUGGGGCGAGGCGUCGCGGGGCCAGUGCGCAGGCGCAAUGCCCCUUUCUGCCCGUGUCGAUACAGGAGGCUGAUGACUGGCUGCGCUAUGGCAACCCCUGGGAGAAGGCCCAGCCCGAGUACACACUUCCCGUGCACUUCUAUGGGAGAGUGGAGCAUAGUCCCGAGGGGGUGAGGUGGCUGGACACACAGGUGGUGCUGGCCAUGCCAUACAAUGCCCCAGUGCCAGGCUACAAGAACAACACUGUCAACACCAUGAGGCUGUGGUCCGCCAAGGCACUCAAUGACUUCAAGCUCCAUGACUUUAACGUGGGCGGCUACAUCAAGGCGGUCCUGGACAGGACGACUGAGAACAUCUCCAGAGUCCUGUACCCCAAUGACAAUUUCUUUGAGGCGAAGGUCCGCCUGAAGCAGGAGUACUUUGCGGUGGCUGCCACCCUGCAGGACAUUAUCCGUCGUUUUAAGUCCUCCAAGUUUGGCUGCCGGGACCCACUGAGAACCUGUUUUGAGACAUUCCCAGACAGGGUUGCCAUCCAGCUGAACGACACCCACCUGGCCCUUGCCAUCCCAAAGCUCACGAGGAGCCUGGUGGAUGUGGAGAAAGUACACUGGGUCAAGGCCUGGGAGAUCACAAAGAAUACCUGUGCAUACACCAAGCACACUGUGCUGCCAGAGGCCUUGGAGUGCUGGCUGUUUGAGAAGCUGCUGCCGCGGCAUCUGGAGAUCAGCUAUGCCUUCAAGCAGAGGCACCUGCGUCAAAAUGUGGCUGCCCUGUUCCCUGGGGAUGUGGACCAUCUAAGAAGGAUGUCUGUGAUUGAGGAUGGGGACUGCAAGCUGAUUAACAUGGCCCACCUGUGUGUGAUCGGGUCCCACGCUAUCAAUGGUGUGGUGAGGAUCCACUCGGAGACUGUGAAGCAUUCAGUCUUUAAGGAUUUUUAUGAGCUGGAACCAGAGAAGUUUCAGAAUAAGACGAAUGGUACCACACCCCGACGGUGGCUGCUCCUGUGUAACCCAGGGCUGGCUGACACCAUUAAAGUCGGGGAGGGUUUCCUGACUUACCUGAGCCAACAGAAGAAGCUGCUGCCCUCGGUCAGUGAUGAGGCACUCAUCAGAGACGUGGCCACAGUCAGGCUCGAAAACAAGUUGAGGUUCUCUGCUUUCCUGCAGACGGAGGACAAGGUGAGAAUCCACGUCUCUUCCCUGUUGCAUGUACACGUGAAGAGGAUCCACGAGUCGGAGCGGCAGCGGCUCAACUGCCUGCCCGUCAUCGCCCCGUACAACCGAGAGUGAAUAAAGAAGGACCCUGCCAAGGUCUUUGUGCCCAGAACUGUCAUGAUCGGGGGAAAGGCAGCUCCUGGUAACCACAUGGCCAAGAUGAUCAUCAAGCUGGUUAACUCCAUCGGUGAUGUCGUCAACCAUGAUCCAAUUGUGGGCAACAAGCUCAAAGUGAUCUUCCUAGAGAACUACCGAGUGUCCUUGGCUGCAAAAGUGAUCCCUGCUGCUGACCUCUCACAGCAGAUCUCCACCGCGAGCACUGAGGCCUCCGGCACAGGCAACGUGAAGUUCAUGCUCAACGGUGCCCUCACCAUCGGUACCAUGGAUGGUGCCAACGAGGAGAUGGCUGAGGAAGCCAGAGCUAAGAACCUCUUCAUCUUUGGUCUGCGGGUAGAAGACAUUGAGGCCCUGGACCAGAAAGGGUACAAUGCCCAAGAGUGCUAUGACUGUCUGCCCGAGCUGAGGCAGGCUGUGGACCAGAUCAGCAGUAGCCUCUUCUCUCCCAAGGAGCCACACUGCUUCAAGGACAUUGUCAACAUGCUGAUGAACCAGGACAGGUUCAAAGUGUUUGCAGAUUAUGAAGCAUACGUGGCAUGUCAGGCCCACAUGGACCAGCUGUACCAGAACCCCAAAGAAUGGACCAAGAAGGUAAUCAGGAACAUCGCCUGCUCCUGCAAGUUCUCCAGUGACAGGACCAUCAUGGAGUAUGCCCGAGACAUCUGGGGUGUGGAGCCCUCUGACCUGCAGAUCCCACCCCCCAGCUUCCCCAGGGGCUAG